AUGUCUCCUACUAAUAAUCAAAAUAGCUCUUCUAUUCCCACUGGUUCUUUUGGAAAUAUCAACCAACCCGAAGAAACACGAUCCAUGCAGCUAUCCACAACCACACUUGCCAUCACGAUGACUUCCCUCUGUCUGUCUGUCACCCUCUCUGCCCUCGAUCUCACCAUCAUCACCACUGCUCUCCCAACCAUUGUCAGUGACUUUGGCUCGGUUGCUGGGUAUACCUGGAUCGGCAGUUCCUUCAUCCUGGCCUAUACAGCCAUCGUUCCUAUAUACGGCACAGUCGCCGAUAUCUGGGGUCGCAAACCCAUCAUCCUCAUUGCUUUGUCUACAUUCCUUGUUGGCAGCAUCAUCUGCGCAACAGUAAACGAAAUCAGUUCCUUCAUCGUCGGUCGUGUUAUUCAAGGUCUGGGAGCGGCUGGAAUGGGCACACUGGUGAAUGUGAUUAUCUGCGAUAUGCUUUCCCUGAGAGAUCGUGGAUUAUAUCUGGCCAUCACAGCUGUUAUCUGGGCAGUGGGGAGUGCUGUUGGGCCUGUUCUGGGUGGUGUUCUUACUAGUCGAGCCAACUGGCGAUGGUGUUUCUGGAUCAACUUGCCUAUUGGUGGUGUUGUAUUCUUCGUCUUCAUCUUCGUGCUCAAACUUCCCAGUCCCAAAACCCCCAUUCGAGCAGGCCUCAAAGCCAUUGACUGGACUGGAAGUGUUCUCAGCGUUGGCAGUAUCCUCAUGAUCCUUCUCGGCCUCAACUUUGGCGGCGUCACCUAUCCCUGGGCCUCAGCAACAGUCAUCUGCCUGAUCGUCAUGGGCUGUGUUGUGGUCGCCCUCUUCAUCCUCUAUGAAUGGAAGUUCGCAAGGAAUCCCAUCAUUCCCCUUCGCCUCUUCUCCUCCAUAUCUCCAGCAGCAGCAUACGCCGUCUUCUCAUUCAAUGCGUAUGUUUUUAUGGGAAUAGCCUACUACCUUCCUCUAUACUCGCAAUCAGUAUUCGGUGCCAACGCCCUCAGAUCUGGCCUCUAUCUCCUCCCUCUCGUCGUCGCAUCCUCCCUUGCAGCAGCAGCAGCAGGUGUCUUCAUUCAGAAAACAGGAAAAUACAUACCUGUCAUGUACAUCGGGCAGGUAUUGCUCACCCUCGGUGUUGGUCUCUUCGUAUAUCUAAAACACGAGGAAUCGCCAGCAAAGAUGUUCGGUUUCUCCAUUCUGGCUGGAGUGGGUAUAGGCAUGAACAUCGAUGCGCCGAUUCUGGCCGCACAAGCUGUAGUCCCUGUUCGUGAUACUGCGGCUGUUACGGCGACGAUGGCUCUGAUGAGAUCCAUAUCCACGGCUAUAUCGGUGGUGGUUGGCGGUGUUGUUUUUCAGAAUCGAAUGAAUGCUGAGAAUCCAGGUUUGGUCGAUACGUUGGGAAAUGAUGUGGCGAAACAGUUUAAUGGUGCAGAUGCAUCGGUCAAUGUCGAGCAGAUCCAUACAUUGCCGAGGGCACAGCAGGAAAUCGUUAAAGAGGUGUAUUUCCGUGCAUUGAGGACGACGUGGACUAUGUAUGUUGCCUUUGCAGGACUGGCUACGAUACUCACGUUGUUUAUUCGGGCUCAUCAUCUGAGUACAAGGAAUGAAGGAGUUGUGCUUGGUGUUGAUCGGGAUAAUGCGGAAGCUGUUCCUGUGGUGGACGCAAAGAGUCAGGUUCAUACACAGGAACAACAGGGUUAA